AUGCUUGUGGUCGAGAUGAGUGAGUUGAGUAAGCCCAAAGAAGACCUUCAGGACCCAGUUGAGGCCCAGGGCCCAAUGGAGGCACAGCUCUUGGAGGCUGAGGAGGACGAGGCCACAUCCCACUUGGCCUCCUACCUCCCAGCAUCCUCCUCUGCUCCUUUGGAGGCCUUGUCCCCAGAAAUUCUGAAUGAGAUGAUGGCUAACCUGAUGAAGUUCCUGCUCCUCAGUUAUCGAGCCAAGGAGCUGACCUCCCAGGCAGAAAUGCUGAAGGUCUUCAGGGAUAACCAGGAGCACUUCCCAGUGGUCUUCAGGCAAACCUUGCAGUGA